ACACACUCACACACACGCAGAGUCACCGAGAGCCGCUGCCGUGAACUGGAUGAACAUUGAGGAAAUGAUCAGCUGGGCCGAAACGCCUCUCUUCUGGGUCGGUGCAUUCACUGUGGCCUCCCUGACGCUGUGGUUGCUCUACAGGCUGCUCACAGGCUUUAGGAUCUGGGUUUUGGGAAAUGGACAGCUGCUGUCUCCGAAGCUAGGCAAAUGGGCAGUUGUGACAGGAGCCACAGAUGGAAUCGGGAAAUCCUAUGCGGAGGAGUUGGCUCGUCGAGGAUUUGCCAUGAUGUUGAUCAGUCGUUCUCAGGAGAAGCUGGAUGAUGUGGCCAGGUCAAUUGAGGAGCAGUUUAAAGUGGAGACCAGGACUAUUGCUGUUGACUUUGGCAAGACUGACAUCUACCCAAAGAUUGAGGAAGGUCUGGCUGGUCUGGAGAUUGGAGUUCUUGUUAACAAUGUUGGUGUGUCUUACCCCUACCCGGAGUACUACCUCCACAUUCCUGAUCUGGAAAAUGUGAGUAAUCUUUACUUAAAGAUGGGAACUUUCAGUUAUUGCAUGUUUUCUAUGACCCGUCUUGUGCUACCAAGAAUGUGUGAGAGGUCCAAAGGUGUUAUCCUAAACAUCUCCUCUGCCAGUGGCAUGUACCCACUGCCUCUGCUCACUAUCUACUCUGCAACCAAGGCGUUUGUGGAUUUCUUCUCUCGUGGCCUUCAGGAGGAGUACAGACGUCAGGGUAUCAUCAUCCAGAGCGUGCUCCCCUUCUUUGUGGUCACUAAAAUGACUCGUAUCAGGAAACCCACCUUGGACAAGCCCACCCCAGAGCGCUAUGUAGCAGCUGAGCUCGCCACUGUGGGUCUGCAAAGCCAGACCAAUGGCUACUUCCCUCAUGCUGUUAUGGGCUGGGUGACCACCAGGCUGGUUCCAAGCAGCAUUGUUAUCUUCCUGGGAGCCAGAAUGAACCGCCUGCAGCGUACGGGAUACCUGCAGAGGAGGAAACUGCGAGAGCAGAAGAACGGACAGAGUUUGAAAACUGAAUAGGACGGUGGCUGAUGACGCUGCCAGCAGCCACAUUGUUGUGACCCACUGCAGCAUUUAAGGAAGAGGGGAAUGUAUAUGAUUUAUCCGCCAGGGUUGCCUGAGAUUUCACCUUUUGUGCCUACAGUAAAUUUGCACAUCAGGGCACGCGUGGCUCUGACUAAAACUGCAACCUUCUAUCCUGAUACUUAUCUGGGCAGACAUGACCAAAGAAGCUUGGAAGUGAAAUGAGGAUAAAAUGCUGCUUUUGGAAAAGGACAUUGAUAUUAGUCACUGACACUGAUGGUGGAAAUGAUACAGCCAAAAACAGAGGGAUUUGUUAACCCUGCUGUUGUAAGCAGUGGAAAAUGGUGGUGGGCAUCUUUUUAUAUACAUAUAUAGGCUACACCAAUCAGCCACAACAUUAAAACGACUUGCUGAACAUUGAUUAGGUAUAUCUUGUGCUGUUAAAACUGCUCCAGACUGUCUGCAUGGACAUGGGACCACUGAAUUGUUUGCAGCAGAUUAUUUGGUGCUGUGGGUUGAGGACUGGUGCAUCUGUGUCAGUCUUUCUGGCAUAAACCAUGAAUGCUCAUUCAGAUAAGGAUCUGGGGAAUUUGAAGGCUGAGUCUAUAUCCUGGACUCUGCUGUAUUCCUUGAACUUUUCCUGAGCAGGUUUAUGUAUUAUGGCAGGACGCACAGUCUUGCUUUAGGGGCCUUAGGGGUAUGCUCGGUCUGCAUAAAUGUUUAAAAUUUAUAUUGUGGAAAAAUAAUCAAAUUUAUUCACCUUACUUGGUGGUUUAAAUGUUGUGGCUGAACGGUAUUUAUGAUCUAUUUAUUUUAUAUUUGUAUGAACACAGAAGCCAAACUCUGACUUUAAAAAAACAACAAAUUUUUAACUUAGUUCUAUUUACAAAUCAUUGAGCUGUUAAAUGAUGGCAGUGCCUGCUUUGUGUUGUGCCAGUUAUUUGCACCACUGAGCUCAUCUUAUGUUGCCUCCUUUUCUUUCUUUUUUUUCUGAUUGAAUGUUUAAAAUGACACUUUGUGGUGGGUUUUUAAUUGCAUCAGUGUAAUAUUUGUGGUAAGCCAAAGCAUCUGAUGGUUAAGUGCCUUUCUUCUGGCAUUAAUGAUGGAAAUGGUCUGAUUUUGUGAACAGGUGCUUAAAGGUUCCAUUUAUUAUGAAAGGAUGUUAACUGGUGCUACGUCCAAAGGAACUACUAAAUUGUUCUUUUUCUUACUACUCUAAUCACAGUUUUUGGUUGUUUUUGUUUUGUUUUGUUUUUUCCACUUUUUUUUUUUUUUUUAAAAUCUGAUUAUGUUGGUUAGCUCAUUCAUUGUGUGGCAAAUUUACAUCCAGUUAGAGUUGAAAUGACAAAGUGGAACAUUUUUACAUGAAGACUGGUUCACAUGACACCAAAUGUUGGCUGUGAAAAUGGGGGAACUGUUUCUCUUUAUUUCUCAAAUCAGUCCCCCAUAUGACCCGAGCUGUACCUCAACUAAGUGGCUUUUCUAGCGCCAUUUAUUUCUUAGAGAUUCAAACUGGAAUAUUUACAUCAAAAUGCACUGUUUACAUUUAUCCUGCCAAUUGCAACUUGUCUUUUCUACUGUUUGUUAAUAAAAGCUUUAGCAGAUA